GUUGUUUCAGCACGUUCCUUCCUCCCCUCCCUCCAUUGCUAGCGAGUCGGUUUAGCUAGCUAGCCAGAUAGAGUUGAAAGCUUUAAAGAGCUAUUAUUAUGAAUUAAUUGAUUGCUAUAUUAUAUUUGAUUUUGAUUUUCACAGACAGUAACACACCAGCCUACAAAAUGAACAUACGAAACGCGAGGCCGGAAGACCUUAUGAACAUGCAGCACUGUAACCUGCUGUGUCUUCCUGAAAACUACCAGAUGAAAUACUAUUUCUAUCACGGGUUGUCCUGGCCUCAGCUCUCAUACAUUGCUGAGGAUGAAAAUGGAAAAAUCGUGGGAUAUGUGUUGGCAAAAAUGGAGGAGGACCCGGAUGAUGUACCCCAUGGACACAUCACAUCCCUUGCGGUGAAGCGCUCCCACAGACGUCUUGGCUUGGCUCAGAAGCUUAUGGACCAGGCUAGCAGGGCCAUGAUAGAAAAUUUUAAUGCUAAAUAUGUCUCUCUUCAUGUUCGCAAAAGCAACCGAGCAGCCCUCCACCUGUACUCAAACACACUCAAAUUCCAGAUUAGCGAGGUAGAGCCUAAAUACUAUGCAGAUGGUGAGGAUGCCUACGCCAUGAAGAGAGACCUCGCCCACAUGGCCGAUGAGCUGAGGAAGCCCGGGGUUCGUGUGUCGGGUCAGGAGGCACCAUCCGGCCAGAGCCUGUCAGGGUCUGGCGACCAGGAGAGAGAGAGCGAGCGAGACAGUGGAGGAGAGAGCAAAGAGCUGAGUGAAGUCAGCGAGGCGACAGAAAGCACAGACGUUAAAGAUUCUUCUUCUGAUUCACAAUGACCCUGCAGUAGUAGACAUUUUUAAAUUCAUCAUUCAGUUCCACUUUUUAUCUGUAUUUGACAGAAACGCUGCCUUUACAAAUCUCAACAAAGUCAAUUUACUCCUUUUCUCAAUCUCUGUUUCACUGCAGUGGUGAACAAAAGUGCUUGAUGAUGACAUGUAUCUGAAAGUUACCUAAAAGAAACAAACAAAAAAAACAGGUUUCAUUGUUUUUAUUGGAUUACUGUUAGGGCCCAAAAUAUUCUGUUUUUUUGCAGAACUGAAAGCAACUCUGUUUCUCAGUUCUUGAUUCAGUCUUCACUUUAUUUAAUACCUUUGCUGCAAAUAAACCUUUCAAAUAAUAA